AUAAAUUCAAAGAAAUCUUAAGAAUAAGCAAAUAUUUAUACAGUUGAGUGCAUCGCAUACCUUGGACAUACUUUGCACCAACAACUUAAAACUAUAUUUCAAAAGGGUCGUUGCGAGAAAAUGACCACUUCAAUUCUUCCUUUGCAACAAAUAUUCGACCGCAAAACAUCACUCUAGUAGUUUUGUUUGUGAAAAAUUCUCAAAUUAUAAGAGAAGUUAAUGUUCCUUGAAAUCUCAGAACCAUAGUUUACAACCUGACUUUAAUAUAUCAACUGAAGAUUUUUUUAUGAAACAAUGAGGAAAAUAGUAGGAGGUAGAAGAUAGGAAGAUGUAACACAACCGCAUAUUUCUCAAUUAUUUAUUGUACUCGACUUUCAAUGAAUCAUAUUAAUAUGAGUCAAUUUUACUUAUAAGUAAAAGCUUACCACAUCUUUGUAAACUUCAAUAAAAAAAAUGACCCGCAAUUAUUACAAUCUUACUUACAUCAUUGAUUGUCCAUUGAGUUAUGAGCUUGUCCGAAAUGAAUUUGUUGAAUAUGUAUUAAAAGUUUCAUAUGUAUAUGAGUGAUAGCUUGCUCAAGCAACAUACCAAUAAAAGAAAAGUCGAAGUUCGACUUUGAUAUAAGCGCGUACAUCCUCUUAUCGGAAAGUUAGUCGAUCGCAUUGACAAAUAUGUCGAAGAGAGUAGCAAAUUAUAAGAGUUUAUUGUGUGAAUUUACGUUUGAAGAAUAUGUUAAAUUGAAAAAUAUUUAUAAAAUGAUGAUUUUCUUAUUGUAUAUUACAUUAUUGUGUAUUAUAGUAUUUUAAAAAUUUAACAUCACUGUAUUAAGCUUUAAAGUAUAUUCCAGGAUGGAAUCCAUGACGCAUACGAUAGAAAGUGUGACAAUUCCCAUGCAUCGGGAUAUUUUGAGUGGUUUAAGGAAUGCAUGAGUAAAUGUUACCGCAGAAUUAUAGGAUAUCAGAUUUUACGUGUGUAUGAAUGUAACGAUGCGUGUAUACCUUGCGUGAAGUGUGUGCAAGCUCUUCCAUGUAUAAAUACACUUCUGGCAGCAGGAAAGUCUCAGUUGGAUGCUUCUUGAUACGACUACAUAUCAGUGGUUCGUGUAAUUUGGCUAGAGAAGACACAUCUCAAACGUGUUCACCAAGUAUCGCGCCGUAAAAUUUGAAUUUAUGAACGUGAUCUUCAGUGAGAUUCAAAUUGAAUCUUUCAAUUUGCCCAAACUGUGUGUGUAAAGAUAAUCAUAGUGAUACAACAUACAUUCUUCAAUAAGAAUUAUAGUAUAAAUUAACAGAUACGAGGCAUGAGAAAUAGAUCAUUGAGGACUUUCCUAUUGGAGUUAAUGAUACUCAUCAUCCUAUUGGCUUUGGACAACAUGGUGCGAUCAACGGCGGUAAAUAGCAAUAGGAUUACUUUAUCUGAAGCAGUGAAAACGUCCAGCACGUUUGUUUGUAAAAAACCACAAUUUCGAGCAUACCAUCUGAGAGACUUGAUGCAAAACGUGCAUCAGAAUCCUGGGGAGAGUACCAUUCAGCCUGUUUAUAUUGUCGUAAAGCGAUGUGACGGACACUCCGGAUGCUGCAUGAAUUCAGAUAUGAGUUGUCUACCUGUACAAUCAGCGAUCUAUUAUGAAGAGAUUGAAAUUGAGGUAAUGAGUUACGAAACUAAUAACAGGACUAAUAACAGACGACAAUGGAUCAGCGUGGAACAGCAUGGUCAAUGUUCCUGUGAAAUGACCAGAAUCAGUGAUCGGUAUCGACUAGAGCAUCAGCAGCCUAACGUAACUUUAAUUUCAAAUUAGUUGAUCAGAAAGAUUAAAGGGAGACAUUUCAAAAUAAGUGACUUUUGCAUAACAAAUUGUAAAUAUAACACACAGUAUUGAUUUAUAGGAAAGAUUGUUAAUGAAUCAAAAUAUGUAAUUAAGAAUGUUAAAGUUUUUAUUUUGCUUCAGUUAGUUUACUUUAAUUUACCGGUUUAGUUCGGAAACGUUUAGUGUAAGCGUGUCUGAUGCUAUGUGCACAGAAACUUGGCAUAAAGCCCAACAACGUGAUGAUUGUCUCUCCAACAUCAAAUUAUCAUAGAAUAGUUGAUGGACACCUGUUUUACAAGAAAUAUAUAUAUGUAUGUAUAUUAUUAGUUCUGCUACGCAACGAAUUUAUACAACUUCUCAGGAAGUGAAAAAAUUCGACAAUCUAUUUAUACUUACAGCAAACUUCUACUUUCCUAUUAUCAGAAAUAUUAUGGAUUUAAUUAAGAAAAGUAGGCGUUCUAUAACAAUUAAAAAGUAAAUGAUGAAGUUAAUUUUCACAAUCUAGAUUCUUAUAUUGACAUUAAAGUUUUUCGUUGUUUUUUUCAAAUCAC